UGGUCAAACUUAAAUGUACCAUAUUUAUCAUAAGAAUUUUUAAAAUGCCAGUGUAAUUUCUUUUAUCUAAUUAUCCCAAACUAAAAGGCCGAAGAUUUUCAUUUGGGCCUUGCCUUCUAAUGAGCCCUUUUCAGCUGGUUUUGAGCUGGGCCUGCAAUGUUUGAAGUAACGAAAACGACGUCGAACAAACGUCCAGCCGUAAGAGCGCAGAUCUGAGAUUUUCACAAAGUCAAGGGUAUUCUCGGGUGACUCAAAAAAAGGCAGAGCCUUAAGAUCCACGUUUCCAUUAUUUUAUUUUAUUUGCAUUUUGACCCCUAAUUCUCCACAGGCCUAAAACCAUUUCUAUCUUUUUUGCCCUUCUUCGUCCUCAGUUCCUCUGUUCUCCAACCCCCAAAGUCGAAAUGGCGAAAAUGCCCUCCGUCUGCUUCCUCUUCCUCCUCCUCGUCUCCGCUGCUAUGGCGGAGAUCAAAACCCUAACCAUUUCCAAUGACGCGAGGUCCAUGAUCCUCUUCGAGAAGUUUGGCUUCACCCACAAAGGUCACGUCACCAUCUCUGUCCGUAAGGUUAUGGUCGAUUCUCCUUCCAAGAUCAGCAUCGAGCCCUCUCGCCUCGGAUUCUUCCUUCUCUCAGAGGAGUCUCUGCUUCAGGUUCUCAUGGAGAUGCAGCAAGAUCCGCAGUUCUGCGUCCUCGACUCUCACUACAUCACCCACCUCUUCAAUUUCCGUGAGCUUUCCCCACCGCCUCUCUCCUCCUUCAACCAAUCGUAUCCGGUUACCGCCCCCAACGAGUACAGUUUAUUUUUCGCCAAUUGCGCCCCUGGAACGUCCGUCUCCAUGGACGUUCGUACCGAGGUCUUCAACUACGACAGCGAUAACUCCAAGGAUUUCCUCUCCGCCGGCCUCACCCACCUCCCAUCCCUCUUCUUCGUCUUCUCCUUUGCUUAUUUAGGCUUCCUAGGGUUUUGGAUCUACAUCCUCUACAAUAACAAGCGCUCCGUGCAUAGGAUCCAUUUCUUGAUGGCCGGUUUGCUAUUGAUGAAGGCUCUCAAUCUCAUCUGUGCCGCUGAGGAUAAGCAUUACGUUAAGGUCACCGGAACCCCCCAUGGGUGGGAUGUGCUGUUCUAUAUUUUUCAGUUCAUUCGUGUCGUUUUGCUCUUCACUGUGAUCAUUUUGAUUGGAACUGGGUGGUCGUUUUUGAAACCCUUCUUGCAAGAGAAGGAGAAGAAGGUGUUGAUGAUUGUGAUCCCGCUUCAGGUCCUCGCUAAUGUAGCGUCGGUUGUGAUCGGUGAGACCGGACCUUUUAUCAAGGACUGGGUUACUUGGAACCAGGUAUUCUUAUUCGUUGACAUCAUUUGCUGCUGUGCUAUCAUUUUCCCCAUUGUUUGGUCUAUUCGGUCGUUGAGAGAGACUUCGAAAACCGACGGGAAAGCCGCCAGGAACUUGGCCAAGUUGACCCUUUUCAGGCAAUUUUACAUUGUUGUAAUUGGGUACUUGUACUUCACACGGAUCGUGGUUUUCGCUCUUAAGACCAUUGCGGCUUACAAGUACCAGUGGGUGAGCAAUGCGGCUGAGGAGAUUGCAAGCUUGGCCUUUUAUAUAGUGAUGUUCUAUAUGUUUAGGCCGGUGGAGAAAAAUGAGUACUUUGUUCUUGAUGAGGAGGAUGAAGAGGCUGCAGAGCUGGCUCUCAGGGAUGAAGAGUUCGAGCUUUGAAUUGGGUAGCAGGGCUUUCAGUAUUUGCUGCUCUGCAAAUGCAGUGCUGCGUGGAUUUGAGAAUAGAGAUUGAUCGAAGAGGAUGCUGUUCCUCCUUCUACUUGUAAUAUUUUCUCCCUACUUUACUUUACUUUGAGAACUUUAAUUUCAAGCAUGUGUAACUGUAUGUUUUGAUCCAUAGAAUUGUCAUCUCACUAUGUUGAAUUGCCUAUACUCAGCUCUGCUUCACAGAGUGUUCAUAUAGCUCGUCAUUCUUUUGUUCCCUUUUUGAUGUAUGACAUUUUUAGUAAUUUGUGGGUCGCUACUCCAUUUUUAAA